CUCUGUUUUUAUUGUAUUUUUUUGGAGUUCGCUGGCUUUGGAGAAACGACGCCGUCCCCUUUUCAACUCCAGCCCAUGUGAUCGGCUCUCGAAUGUCGCGAUGCUUACCGGCCUUUCUGAGCUCGCAAGUUGGUGGUGGCGGUUUUCUUGCACUCCAUGAACGAUUGCCGGGUCCAAGCAAGGAUUUUUGGGAGCAAAAGCUGGGAAAUUAGGGUGGGAAUGGCGGGUUCCAGCAAAAGCUGAGUUUUUUUUGGGAGCUUUGGAGGUGCCAUUAAUGGCUGGUGGUUCUCAGAAUGUGGUCUCGAUGGUAAAGUUGGGAUUUUUAUUGUGGUUUUAGUGUUUCUGGGUUUUAAAAGGAGGUGCGGUUUUUUUUUUUUAAAAAAAAAAGAAAAAGAAUCGGCGUAAUUUCUGCCUUGAUUUCUGCUUUUGGAUUCUGGGAAAUGUUGCGUUUGUUUCAGCAUAUGUAUGGGGUUUUGGGAUUGUGAAGAUUCCUCCUCCCAAGAGUAGGCUUUUUGUUUUUUUUUGUUGUUGUUCUGUUUGCUAGAACUAUUAUUGGCUUCAGGGAUGAGCCAAAAAAUGGAAUUUUUAGAGCCAGGGUGGUGAUUUUUUGGGCUGCUGUGGAACGAUAUUAGUGUUUUGGUGGCUUGGGGGGCGUGAUUUGGAGGCAAAAAGAUGCGACGUUUGAGCAGUUUGGGCAUAGGGCUGAGCCUUGUCUCAGGGUUCCUGUUCUUGGCGCUGGCAGCAGAGCUUUACUACUUGUUUUGGUGGAAGAAGAGAGGAGCUAAUGGAGAUAUAGAGGAUAACUACACCAACCCAGGGAGAGAGCUACUCUGUCUCUUUUGCUGGAAGAAGCCAUCUUCUCUAAGCUCCACAGCUCUCAACCCCCAAGAAAUCUCCACUUCAGCUAAUGCUACAGAUCACUCUGAUGAUAGUCAGCUUUACCUCCACUCGAACUCAGGAAAAGAUCUUCUGUUGAAUCCAUUUGGAGGAGGAGAAGAGAGUAUGGAGGCAGAGCUUAUGAGGCUACACAGCCUCUCAGGGCCUCCAAGAUUUCUCUUCACCAUCAAAGAGGAGACAAAGGAGGACUUGGAGUCAGAGGAUGGGAGAUCCAGAGGAGGGAGGAGCAGGAAAGGUUCGAGGGGGAGGAGCUUGAGUGAUGUGCUUGUCUCUGCUGAGACCCCAUUUUUAACUCCUCUCUCUUCCCCUCCUUUCUUCACCCCACCUCUGACCCCCUUUGAUUGCUGCAGUCGACAUGGAUUCAACCCCCUCUUUGAAUCCUCAAAAGAAGAUGAAUUGAACAGGGUCAGGUCCUCACCCCCUCCAAAGUUCAAGUUUUUGAAGGAUGCCGAGGAGAAGCUCUUAAGGAAGACACUGAUGGAGGAAGCCCUGAAGUCUCACAGAAAUGGGGGAGUUGUUGAGGAUUUGGCCAAGCAACAUGCUUCUCUUCCUUCUCCUCCCACAGGCCCAGCAGAAGAGGAGAAUGGUUCUUUCGUCAAUAUAGUCAUUGGAAAGAAUAGAGAGAAGGGGCACCUACACCAUUCAUGCUCCUCCCAGGUAAUUCCAUUACCUUCUUCCCCUUCAAAUGUUAAAGCAACACAUGGGAAGCCUACUUCCCACCUGAGUUCCAAGGAAUGAGAAGUGGUUGUGUUUUUAGUUGUUGUUUGAUCUUUAAUCUGCCGUUAUAUUUUUCUGUGAAGGUUGUAGAGUGUGGAAUAUAAAGCAAGCUUUCAUUUGCUUCUCAA